AUGGAAACGCAGGCAAUUAGAAACCAUGCCGCCUCAUUGAUCGCCGAGGCGGUCGAGAAAAAGGGCCUCCAAACGUUCGUCACCGAGGCGGCCAACAAGGGCGCCCACGCCACCGGCGAUGCCGCCGACAAAGUCGCCAAACUGACUGGCGAAAGCAAGGUCUGGCUUGACACAACCCACCGAACGGUCGAAGGCCACACUAGCAGUUGCAAACUCUAUUUCAACGACAGCCUAGUCUGGGAGCCGGGCUCCUGCCACGACAACACGGUCAAAAUCCAAUCCGCACUGCGCGAAGCCGAUCCGCGAUUCGAACUGCGGAUGGAGAAAAAGAAAGAAAACACCGUCGAGGGCCACACCCGCACCAUGAAUAUAAAGUAUCGAGGCGAAACCCUUCUCAAAGGGCAUUCUUGUCACGAUAACAUGGAGGGUAUGGCCACUGUUAUCAACACCAUUUGGAAAACUAACCCUGCUGAGUGA